AAACAAGAAAGCAACUUCAAUUAGAAUCUUUCUCUUUCCGAACAAAACGUAGCGAGAUGCCUAAACAAAUCAAGGAUAUUAAGGAAUUCCUCGAAAUUGCCCGUAGAAAGGACGCCAAGUCUGCUCGUGUUAAGAAGAACGCUGACUCUGUCAAGUUCAAGGUUAGAUGUUCUCGCUACCUUUACACUCUUGUUGUUAAGGAUAAGUCCAAGGCUAACAAGCUUAGACAAUCUCUCCCUCCCUGUAAGUGUUGAUUGAAUGUUACAAAUGAGAAAGAUUACUAAUAUUAAUUAUUUUAAUUUAGCUCUCGUUGUCAAUGAGAUCUAAAUGGGUUAACAAUAUGUUCGUUUCAGUAUAAAUUU